AUGUUUGGUCUCUUCGGCGGCAAAUCGUUCGAGCCCGAGAAGGACAUUCCCGACCUUUCCGGCAAGGUCAUUAUCGUGACUGGAGGAAACACCGGUCUGGGCAAAGAAUCAGUGCUGCAACUCGCAAAGCACAACCCCUCCCAAAUCUACCUCGCCGCACGCACAGAAUCAAAAGCGCGCACCGCAAUCGAAGAAAUCAAGUCUCAAGUCCCCUCUGCCAAAGUCGAAUUCCUCUCCUUGGACCUGACGGACUUUGCUUCCGUCAAAGCAGCCGCUGAUGCCUUCAAGCAAAAGGAAAGCAGAUUGGAUGUUUUGCUGAACAACGCUGGUAUCAUGGCUGUGCCUUACAGCACUACAAAGCAGGGCUAUGAGAUUCAAUUUGGAACCAACCAUAUGGGACACGCGCUGCUCACGAAACUGCUUUUGCCAGUGCUGCUCAAGACCGCAGAGGAACCUGCCGCCGAUGUCAGAGUAGUGACUCUCAGCAGCGAAGGCCAUCAACUCGCCCCUCGCGAUAACGGCAUCAUCUACGAUCAAGUCGCUGCCGAAACCUAUGGGACCUGGCCCCGCUAUGGCAGCGCAAAGCUAGCCAAUAUUCUGCAUUCGCGCGGCUUGACUGCUCGUUAUUCUUCCAUUACGGCUGUAUCGGUGCAUCCUGGAGUCAUCAAGACUGAUUUGUUUGCGAGCACUCAGCGCGACAGUAUGAUUGUUAGAUAUGGCAUCGCUGCAGUGGGCGGUUUGUUCAUGCAGACUGUGCCGCAGGGAACGAAGAAUCAGCUCUGGGCUUGUACGGCGCCCAGGGAGGAGGUUAGAGGAGGAUAUUACUUCAAGCCUGUCGGUAGCAGAGGGCCGGGCAGUGGGUGGGCUAAGGAUGAGAAGAAGGUUGAGGAGCUGUGGGAGUGGACGGAGAAGGAGUUGGCCAAGCACGGUUAUUGA